UGUGAUUAGGCAAACUGUGCAAUCAGACAAAUGGAUUGUUUUUGUGACCAAGAUUCGUUACAAAUAAAGGACGUAAACAAUUCUGGCAAGCGAGAAGAAUGUUUUGAUGAUCGUAUGUCUCAGGACAGCGUUUUAUCUCCUGAACAUCUUGUUCACGCUUCAGAUCCUAACGUCGUGCUGACAGAUCCUGUCGUACUUGAUCACCUAAGAAAGUUGCAUAACCGUGCGACUAAAAGAGGACAGCGACAAUCUAUUGAUGAUGACAUUCAGGAAAGAAGGGCCCAGCUUCGGGUUAAAGUUGACAAUUUCAAUAGAAGAAGCGAAAUUGGAGCAUUUAGAGUGAAACUUUUAAGCGUAAGUUUACUUAUUGUGUGAAUAAACACGUACUGAAAAGUGGAACCAACAUCAUCAUGAAAUAUUUAAUGUCCUAUAAAGCGGUAACUUAAAUAGUUUUAAGAUAUAUAUAUUCUCUAUUGCGCACCAUAACUUGCAUUUAACGUUGUAUCCAAUUACGAAAUAAUUUUUUAUGGUUUGCAUGAAACGAAAUUUGCUUUAUCCUCGAUUAGCCAAAAAAACAACAGCA